AUGUCAGCCUCCGAUAAGAUGUACAUGUCGUAUAACAACAUACACAAACUGUGUCAGCAGGUAGCUGGCCAAAUUAUGGAGCGUGGUGACAGACCGGACGUGAUUAUCGCCAUUACCGGCGGCGGCAUGAUUCCUGCAAGAAUCAUCCGGUCGUUCCUCAAGGUCAAGGGCCAGAAAAACAUCCCCAUCCAGGCGAUUGGUCUUUCUUUGUACGAGGACUUGGGUUUGGAAGACGGGACGGAAAGCAUCGGCAAGGAAGUUAUCCGGACUCAGUGGCUAGACUUUGGCGCCUUGGACAAACACUUUGACUCACUGAUUGGAAAGAAGGUGUUGAUUGUCGACGAGGUGGACGACACCCGGACCACGCUCCACUACGCUGUCACCGAGUUGGAGAAGGAGGUCAAGGAGCAACAGCUAAAGCUGAAUCGGAUGGACGAGGAGACUAUCUUCUCUAUCUUUGUUUUGCACAACAAGGACAAGCCUAAGAAGGCCGAGCUGCCUGCGUCCAUCAUGGCCACUGGCCGCUAUCUUGCGGCAGAGACGGUUCCCGACAGAUGGCUCUGCUAUCCAUGGGAAGCGAUAGACAUUGAAGAGCACACUAGAUUGUCUAUUGAACAGGGCAACAAUUGA